GUUUAAAUUUAAUUAAUCUUGGUUUAAAUGGCUAUAAACAAUGAUAACAACUAUAGUAAGUCCCCCAAAACAAGUGCCCAACCCCUGGUCGGGACGUAUCCCAUAUAAGUGUUGCAUUGAGUCCACCCUUUAGUGCAGCAAAACAUAGACACAAAUUGUCACACAUUUUACACAUUCAGUGAUCGCUCGCUCCGGAGGUAUACCCACCACAAGAAGACACGGGAUAUGUCUCACCAGUGAAUCCACUCAACCCAUUGGUUGUGGCAGUGAUCGCAAGGAUUGUAGCCAUCGAUUGCGGUGAUCACAUCAAUUGGUUCCCAUCGCUGAAGACACAAUGUCUGAAUACAACUGCAGUGUUGACGUCCCGCUGGCCAUCACCGAAGACUUCGGGGACUUCCAGUGCUCCGAAGACAUCGACAACAACUCGAACGCACAGAUAUCGGCUCAGCAGAGGCUCAAUGGCGGCCACCAACCGGUGGUGGACAACGAGUCCGCCCGUAGGGAACAGUUGGACAACAGUAGUGGUAAUAACACACUCUCGAGUGAAACCCCGUUUUCGGGAUCACUCGAGGAUUUGGUCAACACUUUUGACGAGAAGAUCGUUAAAUGUUUUCGCAAUUACGACGAGAAUGUGUCUAAUUUAGCGCCCGUUCAGGUCAGGUCUCAGGAGGACGUUAUCAACGAGUCUCAGAUGUGGUGGACACUGACCGGCAAUUACGGCAAUAUAUUGCCCAUCGAUUGGAGCAAAACAUACGCCCGAAGUCUGCACUUACCGGCGCUCAACAUAAACGCCUCGCAAAUGCGUGCGACAAACGCAGCCAACAAUAACCCGAACGCCGAUCUCUUCGACCCGACGUGCGAUGAGGAAGAGUUGGCCAAAGAGCUGGACAUGCAUUCGCUGAUACUGGCGAGUCUACAACAGGAGCCCAUCUUCACGGCCGAACAGGUGCUCGAAGAGAUCGACGAGAUUAUGAUGAAUGAGUCGGAGUCCACGUCCAGCGGGUGUACCGUUUCGGACACCGCGUCCACUGACAAGUCGCCCACCAGUGGUGGUAAAGCGGCCGACGAUAAGCACUCGAUAGCGGCCCUCCUCUACGAAGAGAAGCUGAAGACCUACUCAUCGGUUCAGUUGAACGAGUUGUACGUCGAGUUGGAGCGUAUGAUACAACACAACUCCGAGACACUGAUCAAUGAGUUGGCGCUCAGGGAUGAGCUCGAGUUCGAGAAGGAGCUGAAGAAUACGUUCAUCUCGUUGUUGUUGAGCGUCCAGAAUAAGCGCCGACAGCACCACAUCGACCGCAAA